AUGCAGGAAUAUCUUGAACAACAUAUUGGAGUUAAAACAAGAAGACAGGUAUUAUAUCAGGGAUAUGUGGAAGGGAUAUCAGCUACUGGGAUGCAAUCAAAUCAUGUGUUUGAUGGCCAGCAACAAGGAGUUGGGCUUAAAGGGUUGGCUAAAAGUUCUGUUGCAACUGAAGAAGUCCCACCUUUGCUUGAAGAAAAUGGGAAAAUUGAGGUGUGGAGGAUUAAUGGCAAUGCUAAAACCACAGUACCCAAAGAAGAUAUUGGUAAAUUCUACAGUGGAGAUUGCUACAUUGUUCUUUACACUUACCAUUCUAAUGAAAAGAAAGAAGAUUACUAUUUGUGUUGUUGGAUUGGCAAAGAUAGCAUCGAGGCUGGAUUGAGCUCUGGAUACAAGAACUCCAUUGCAGACAAAGAAUUGAAUGAUGAAACCUACACUUUAGAUGGUGUAGCCCUAAUUCAGAUAUCUGGCACUUCACCCCAUAAUAAUAAAGCCGUUCAAGUAGAUGUCGUGGCAACCUCAUUGAAUACGUCCGAAUGCUUUCUUCUUCAAUUUGGUUCUUCAUUGUUCACCUGGCAUGGAAACCAGAGUAGCGUUGAACAGCACAGCAUAGCUGCAAAAAUCGCCGAAUUUUUGAAGGUUACAGUGCCAUGUCAGCUGCCAACUAGGCAGGUGAGUCAACAACGACUCAGUGGUGAGUCGACUCAUAGUUGCCAGGUGUGUUUGUGUGGAUUACCAGGUGUGCUUGUGUGGUAUCUUAUAGCAAAAAAAACCACCACUGAUUCACAACCUCCAAAAACCGCAGCGCCACUACCCCUUAUUUGGGUACACAUAAAUCGAUGGGUUCUUGGUGAUCAUCUUCAACUCCACGAGAUAUGGUUUUUGACGAUGAUUACGACAGAGAUGAAGAUGAAACAUAUUUAG